CCCAAACCCUCAGCCUUUUCUUCUCCGUCACAUGUCCCCGACUCGCGCAUCUCUCUCUCUCAUCAUUAGCUCUCCGAACCCUAAAGCUCUCUGGCUUGUCAAAUCCAAAUUCACUGUUCACUUGUCUCAUUUUAACUCUUCAAUUUUACUCUCUCCGCUUCUUCGAUUCAUUUAUCUGUAUCGAUCCUCUUUCUGACAAGGCCAUGGCAGAAGGAAAUCUUGAUCUUCCUGACGAUCUCCUUUCCUCUAAGACUUCCGAUCACUCCUUGACCCCCAAAGAAACAUCUACAGGUAAUGACGACAACAAGCCUUACAUGGGACAGCUUGAUAUUUCCAAAGAUCAAGCAAUGGUGGACAGCAGCAUUCCUUUGUCUCCGCAGUGGCUUUAUGCCAAACCAAGUGACAUAAAGAUGGAAACACGUCCACCAGGCUCUCUGUCACUUGGAAGUUCUGUUGAUUCAAGUCAGAAGGAGAUUUGGCGUACAGAUGUAUCUGAGGACAAAAAGGAUUGGAGAAGAACGACAGUGGAGACUGAGAGUGGCCGUCGGUGGCGUGAGGAAGAGAGGGAAACUGGCUUGCUUGGUUGGCGUGAACGAAGGAAAACUGAUCGCCGUGCUGAGCAUGAUGUCAAUAACCGCAAUUUGGGGCUUGAUACACGACGUGAUAACAAGUGGUCUUCUAGGUGGGGUCCUGAUGACAAAGAAAAAGAAAAUCGCAGUGAGAAAAGGAUAGAUGUAGAUAAGGAAGAUGUUCAUUCUGAUGGUCAAACAUUUGUGGCUAACCGUACCGUCUCAGAACGGGAGUCAGAUUCUCGUGACAAGUGGCGUCCACGCCAUAGAAUGGAGGGCAACUCAGCAGCUCCAAGUUCCUAUCGAGCUGCUCCAGGCUUUGGAAAGGAAAGAGGAAAAGUAGAAGGGUCAAAUGUGGGAUUUAACUUGGGUCGUGGGAGGUCUACUGGGACUAUUGUAAGACCUUCCUCUGGGGGUGCGAUUGGUGCUUCACCAUUUGAGAAUUCUGUUGCUGGAAAAUCAAGCGUCUUGAGUGGCAUAUUUUGUUAUCCAAGGGGGAAAACUCUUGACAUAUACCGCAGGCAAAAGCUUGGUUCAUCUCUUUGUAGCAUGCCUGAAAAUAUGGAAGAAGCAGCCCCAGUCACUCAAGUAAUUGCUAUUGAACCAUUAGCAUUUGUUGUUCCUGAUGCUGAGGAGGGGGCUGUCCUCAGUGAUAUGUGGGAGGGUAAAAUUACCGGUGGUGGUGUUUCUUACAAUUCUCUAAGAAAGGGUCAAUCAAUGGAUAACGUCACAGAAACAGGGGAUAUGGAGCUCAAAAGUCCAUCAGCUGAUGUCACUGAAGAGACAGUUGGUAGGUUACUGAAAACUUCAAUAGGUAUUGAAGAAGCCAAUACCUACAGUUUUGCUUAUGAGAACGGUGUCAAGGUCAAGUUGGAUGGAGGAGAUAAUCAUGAAGAACAGAAAGGCCAAUUAUCUGAAGCUAUUGCUAUGGAUGGAAGUUCAUUGACCAGGAAGAGAACUGAUAAUAGAGACUGCUUUAAAGAUACUAGUGGGUCCCAAUCUGAUAUUUUUGCGAACAGCUUUCCAGAUUCCGGAGUAACCAGGGCUCCUAUCUUUGAGAACAAUCAACUACAUGUUGCUUUUGAUGGAAGUUCGAAGGUUUCUGAUGAUUCAAGUUCUGUAUUUGUGAAGUCCUCUUCCGAAAUCUAUUGGACCAAUCUUCUUGGAAGGGGUAUUCCACCUGAGGAGUUGAGUUUGUAUUAUCGUGAUCCUCAGGGAGAAAUCCAGGGGCCAUUUCUUGGAGGUGACAUUAUUUCAUGGUUUGAUCAGGGAUUUUUUGGUAUGGACUUACCAGUUCGCUUGGAAGAUGCCCCUGAAGAUUCACCUUUCUUUGAACUUGGUGAUGUAAUGCCGCAUUUGAAAUUUGAACAUGAGUAUGUUGGUAACGCCAAUCUUUCCCAGGAUGAACCAUCUGUUGUAUUAGAGGAGAAAUUGGAUUCUGGUUUAUGUAGCUCACCUUCAGUUUCUGAGAUGGUUGGCUCUGCUGCCCUUGAUGGCCCAAGCUGGAGUCCAUCUGAUUUAGAUGGACUUGGUGGGCAUUGUAUUCAGUCAAUACCUGAUCAUCCAGCUCGUCAAUUUAAAGCUCCAUAUUCACAAAGUAAAGACUCUAACGAUUUUGUUGCUCAAGAUGAAGGUGAGUUGGCAUUUUCACCUUGGAUCCCUAUUGUUUGUCUAUGCACAACUUCCUGUUGCUUCGGAGAGAUUGUGUUUCCAGGAAGACCUGGAAGCGGUGGCAAUCCUAUUGGAAAAACUUCAACAGGCCUUACUGAUCCUUCAAAUAUCCACCAUGCAACACCAAGCACAAUGUCUGAGGGUGGAGUUCCAGAUCAUGAAGAGACAUUGCACCCACUUGGUUUAUUAUGGUCAGAACUCAAAGGCACUACUGGAAAGGGUGGUCCUGUCUCAGAUGUUCUUUUUAGAGGAAGUGGCCAUGAUCAAGUUCUAAACCCUGGUGCUGCAAGGGUUGGGCCACUUGGUGCCAAGAUGGACUCAACUUCUGCUGUGGAGACAUGGAUUGAUGCUUAUAGAAGAAAUGCUGUAUCUGAACCCAACAUAUAUCAAAAUGCUAUGGAUGCCAGCCGCUUGUUGCACCAGGACCAUGAAUUGAACCGGUUUGAGUUGGCAGACAAGCUGUUUUCCCACCAACUUCAGCAACAGCAUCCUCAUAAUUUGAUGUCUUCUCGUAAUGGUCACUUAAAUGAAGCAACGAUGGAACAUGGGGGAAGUCAUAAUUCAAUACAGCAACCACAGUUGGCGAGUCAGACUGGGUGGGAUCUAGAACACUUGAUGGCGCUUCAGCUGCAGCAGCAGAGACAGUUACAGCUUCAGCAACUGCAACAACAGCAGCAGUUCCAUCAACAGCAAAUGCUAAUGAAAGAACAACAAUCCCAUGCUAGGCAGCUGGUUCUUGAACAGUUAUUGCAGAGUCAAGUACGUGAUCCAAGUCACACACAAUCACAUCUUGAUGCUAUUAGGCAUAGCAGUGCGCUGGAGCAGGUGUUGAUAAAGCAACAAAUUCUGAGUGAACUGCAACAGCAUCCGCAUCUUCCGCCCAGACAUGCUGAACCAUCUAUUGAGCAUCUCAUUCAAGCAAAUUUUGGUCAAAUACCGCCUCAAGGGCCUCAAAAUGAUUUAAUGGAACUCCUAUCACGGGCAAAGCAUGGACAGUUGCACCCGUUGGAGCAGCAAGUCCUUCAACAAGAGCAAGCACAUGAGAGGCUAUGGCAACGCCUGGAAAUGGAGGAAGAUAGACAGAUUGGUGCUGUUUGGCCUGUUGAUGAAACUGGUCAGUAUCUACGAAAUCCAGGUGUUGCUCGUCGAGCAAACUCUGGGUUUGGUCCAUUGGAUAUUUACCAACAGCAACAUAUACCCCCUCCUGAAGAACAUGUCAGUCAUCUGGAAAGGAAUUUGUCAAUGCAGGAUAGACUUCAGCGGGGUCUCUAUGACACUGGAUUUCUGCCUUUGGAACGGACAAUGUCAGUACCUGGUGGUGGUCCUGGUAUAAAUUUGGAUGCUGUAAAUCCUCUAGUGCGCGCACAAGGUUUAGACAUGCAAGAUCCAAAUUCAAGGAUGCACUCAGCUGGUCAUUUGCCUGGUUUCUCGACGGGCAUCCACUUGCAAUCUCCUCACCGUCCUCUAUUUCCAAAUCAAUUUCAUGCUCCAAAUGCAGAUACAGUUGAAAAUCAUUGGUCUGAAAGAAAUGGUCAGUCAUCAGCUGAAUGUAUGGAAACUAGGAUGCAGCAACUACAUCUUAACAGUGAGAGACAGAGAAGGGAUUUUGACGUCAAAAGGGCUUCUGAUGAUCAAAGUUUGUGGAUGUCAGCUGGUGCUAAUGAUGACAGUUCAAAGCGAUUACUAAUGGAACUGCUCCACCAAAAAUCUGGCCGGCAGUCAACUGAGCAAGCAGAAAUGACCCGAGGGAUUUUGUUUGAGAGGGGCUUUAACUCUAGCCUCUUUUCUGCGACAAAUUCUUCAAGCCAUUCGUUCAACUCUCUUAUGGACCAGGAUAUGAGUCUAAAACAAGCUUUUACUGUUGGGUCAUAUGGUUCUAAUUCAGAUUUGCCACCACAAAGAGAUCAUGUAGAUGAGAUUGCUGGUAGUCUUGAUGUUGGUGAAAGAUUGUCCUUCAAAUCUCACUCCGGGGCUUUAGCUGAAGCUGAACCUGUCUUUUCCUGCAUCAAUGAUUCCUCUCAGCUACAUCUAGAGGCUCGUGAAAGUAUCGUCAGGCAAGCUGGUGUGACGACUGUAGAAGGGGAAAUGCCAGUUAACUUGCUCAGCAGGCGCACUUCACUUGGGACGGAAGGUGGAAUUCUUGACUUCUAUAAUGACAAGAGUGAUAGAGGGGAUUCAGCUGCGGAGGAAAUUCCUAAGGAACAGAUCGCUGUGACAUCAAAAAUGCCAGAUAACAUCUUGCCGAAGCGUCCAACUAUCUUGCGCGUUGAGGGUCUAUCUGAGAUAAUUUCUGAUACCUUUGUGAGAGGCAAAAAUCCUUCAGAUGCCAUGGCUUCUGAUGGGGGCAAGAGGCAAACAGGAGGUAAGUCAGCAAAUCAAGUUCCUGAUGCUGUGACGUCUGGAAAGAAAGAUGGGCGCUUUCGACGAACUGCAUCUUGUAGUGAUGCUGAUGUUUCAGAGACGUCAUUCAGUGACAUGCUUAAGAGUAACACUAAGAAGCCAAUAGCUCAGGAGGCACAUGCAUCAGAGGCAUUGGAUGCAACACAGCAUGCCCGUAGUGGUAAGAAGAAAGGAAAGAAAGGAAGACAGAUUGAUCCUUCUCUUCUCGGAUUCAAGGUUACAAGCAAUCGCAUCAUGAUGGGUGAGAUACAACGGAUAGAAGAUUAGUUGCUGUACAGUUGUAACUUAGAGUCCCAAUUUCUUCUGUACAUAUUCGAGUCAGCUGUAAAAUUUUCCCUACACAUUUUCUUUUGCUCCAUCCCAUUUUGUGUAGGGAUGGCUGUUGAGAUGUAGUUAGCUUAGCCAGUUAGUUGGGUUAACUUGGGAAAAACUUGUGUUGAUUGAAGCUUAAUGGAUACAAGCAAUCAGGUAGAGAACAGACACAUCCAAUCGGAAUGUUUACUUCACCUAUCGGAUUUGCGGCAGUUGCCCUUAACUUUUCCA